CGAGUCCUUUCCCGGCAUCACCCAUCCAAUCGAUCCCGCUUGCUUGCUCGUUCAACGCCCUGGCGCCGGGGAAGAAGAGAAGGGGGAGGGAAGCAUCAGGAUAUAGGAGGAGAUGGCGUCCCCUCACCAAAUCCGCAGCCCCCUGUGCUGACUCUCCCCGCCCGGGCUCGCCAAUCCAUAAAGACCCCAAGCGCCGGCUUCCCUGAGCCAGCUCGAUCCCUCCCCAGCUUUCUGCUCGAUCGGUCCAAGCGCGCGAACUAGCCGGGCGGCGCGCACCGCGGGGAGAUCGGGAGAGGGGAGAAGAGCUAGCUAGGUGCCUAGGUGUGGGUAGCGAUCGAGGUGCGGGCGGGCGGGCGGGCGGGCGCCAUGAACUUCGUGGGGCGGCGCAAGUCGUCGUCGCUCGCGGGCGCGGGCGCGGGCGCCGGGGCCGACGCGUUCGGCGGGAAGCACGCCGUGGCGUCGCUGCGCAGGGGCGGGCGGCUGCCGGUCUACGUGGCGAGCGUCUUCUUCGUCCUCUGCGUCAUCGUCAUGUACGGCGAGGACAUCCGGUCGCUCACGUACGAGCCGCUCGCGAGCGUGCCCGCGCCAGCGGUGCCAGCAGCGGACGUGGCCUCGGCCGGCCGGCAGAAGGUCGUGGUGGUGCCCCGCCGGGACAUCUCAUCCUCGGAGAAGCCCGCCGCCGUGCUGCACCGCGGCGACCAGGAGAAGCCGAAGCAGCACGCGGUGACGGCGGAGCCGGCGCCGGCGGUCGAGACGCCGCAGAAGAAGGUCGAUGCCAAGAUCAAGAAGAAGGCCGGCAAGAAGCCGAAGAAGGCGAGGCGGCAGCGCGCGGCGAGGAAGACGGUGGUGCCGCCGGCGCUUGGCGUGCCGGAGACGUGCGACCUGUCCAAGGGCCGGUGGGUGUUCGACAACACGAGCUACCCGCUGUACCGGGAGGACGAGUGCCAGUUCCUGACGUCGCAGGUGACGUGCAUGAAGAACGGCCGCCGCGACGACACCUACCAGAAGUGGCGGUGGCAGCCCAAGCACUGCUCCAUGCCCAGGUUCGACGCGAAGCUGUUCAUGGAGAGGCUCCGGGGGAAGCGGUUCAUGUUCGUGGGGGACUCGCUGAACCGGAACCAGUGGGAGUCCAUGGUGUGCCUGCUGCAGUCGGCGAGCCCGCCGGGGAAGAAGUACGUCAGCUGGGAGGGCCAGCGCGUCGUCUUCCACGCCUGGGCGUUCAACGCGACGGUGGAGUUCUACUGGGCGCCGUUCCUGGUGGAGUCGAACUCGGACGACCCCAAGAUCCACAGCAUCCAGGACCGGAUCAUCAAGGCGGACACGAUCGCGGCGCACGCCGAGAACUGGCGCGGCGUCGACUACCUCGUCUUCAACACCUACAUCUGGUGGAUGAACACGCUCAACAUGAAAGUCAUGAGGCCGGGCGGGCAGAGCUGGGAGGAGCACGACGAGGUGGUGCGCAUCGAGGCGUACCGCAAGGUGCUGACGACGUGGGCGAGGUGGGUGAACGAGAACGUCGACCCGGCGCGCACGUCCGUCUUCUUCAUGAGCAUGUCCCCUCUCCACCUCAGCCCGCAGGUGUGGGGUAACCCUGACGGGAUCCGGUGCGCCAAGGAGACGAUGCCGCUGCUGGACUGGCACGGCCCGCUGUGGCUGGGCAUGGACUGGGACAUGUUCCACGAGGCGAAGAACGUCUCCCGCGCGGCGUCGCCCCGGGUGCCCAUCACCUUCGUGGACAUCACCACCAUGUCGGAGCGGCGCAAGGACGGGCACACCUCGGUGCACACCAUCCGGCAGGGGAAGGUGCUGGGGCCGGAGGAGCAGGCCGACCCCGGCACCUACGCCGACUGCAUCCACUGGUGCCUCCCCGGCGUGCCCGACAUCUGGAACCUCGUGCUCUACACCCGGAUAAUGUCCCGGCCAGCAAUCCAGUUUAGCUAAAACCUUCAGGUUACCAAUUCGAUUCAUAGGCUUGGGCUGGCAUGGAUGGCGGCUGGUUAUACGACACCAUCGGUUCUGAAAAGAAUUUUUCUCCUCCUUUUCUUCACACUCUCUCUUGCCUUCUUCUUCACCUGUCGAAAGAUGGCUUUAUUUCUUUAGGGGUGGUAGGUUAAGUGAAAAGAGACUGUAAAAAAUGGGCUGUGAGGCUAAUCACCCCAGAUCAACGAACUGUACAUUACAGGGGGAAAAAGAAAAGCUGAAGUGAAAGAGACCAACAGAAAUGGUUUACAUGGAAA